CGUACAGACUACACCCUAAACCCUACAGACUACACCCUAAACCCUACAGACUACACCCUAAACCCUACAGACUACGCCCAACACCCAACAGAAUGAAUUAUUCCACAUGUUGUUACAGCCUGAAUUCAAAUACAUUUUAAUAGAUAUUAAAUAGAUUUCUCACUCAUUUACAUACAAUACCCCAUAAUGACCAAGUGAAAACAUGUUUUCAGAAAUGUUGUGAAUAUUAAACACAGAAAUAUCUUUAUUUACAUAAGUAUGCACACCCCUGAGUCAGUACAUUGUACAGGCACAUUGCGCAGCACCUGUGUCUCUAAGAGCUUGCCACACCUGGAUUGUACAACAAUAUAUUAUAUUAUAUUAACAACAUUCGCCCAUUAUUUUUUUCAAAAUUCUGUCAAAUUGGUUGUUGAUCAUUGCAAGACAUCCUUUUUCAGGUAUUGCCAUAGAUUAUAAAGUAGAUUUAAGUCUAAACUGUAACUAGGCCACUCAGGAACAUUCAGUGUCAUCUUGGUCAGCAACUCCAGUGUUUAUGUGGCCUUGUGUUUUAGGCUAUAGUCCUGCUGAAAGGUGAAUUCAUCUCCCAGUGUCUGUUGCAGACUGAACCAGGCUAUAGUCCUGCUGAAAGGUGAAUUCAUCUCCCAGUGUCUGUUGCAGACUGAACCAGGCUAUAGUCCUGCUGAAAGGUGAAUUCAUCUCCCAGUGUCUGUUGCAGACUGAACCAGGCUAUAGUCCUGCUGAAAGGUGAAUUCAUCUCCCAGUGUCUGUUGCAGACUGAACCAGGCUAUAGUCCUGCUGAAAGGUGAAUUCAUCUCCCAGUGUCUGUUGCAGACUGAACCAGGCUAUAGUCCUGCUGAAAGGUGAAUUCAUCUCCCAGUGUCUGUUGCAGACUGAACCAGGCUAUAGUCCUGCUGAAAGGUGAAUUCAUCUCCCAGUGUCUGUUGCAGACUGAACCAGGCUAUAGUCCUGCUGAAAGGUGAAUUCAUCUCCCAGUGUCUGUUGCAGACUGAACCAGGCUAUAGUCCUGCUGAAAGGUGAAUUCAUCUCCCAGUGUCUGUUGCAGACUGAACCAGGCUAUAGUCCUGCUGAAAGGUGAAUUCAUCUCCCAGUGUCUGUUGCAGACUGAACCAGGCUAUAGUCCUGCUGAAAGGUGAAUUCAUCUCCCAGUGUCUGUUGCAGACUGAACCAGGCUAUAGACCUGCUGAAAUGUGAAUUCAUCUCCCAGUGUCUGUUGCAGACUGAACCAGGUUAUUGUCCUGCUGAAAGGUGAAUUCAUCUCCCAGUGUCUGUUGCAGACUGAACCAGGUUAUUGUCCUGCUGAAAGGUGAAUUCAUCUCCCAGUGUCUGUUGCAGACUGAACCAGGUUAUUGUCCUGCUGAAAGGUGAAUUCAUCUCCCAGUGUCUUUCAUCCUGAAAAGCUCCCCAGUCCUUAACAAUGACAAGCUUGAUGCAGCCACUACUAUGCUUGAAAAUAUGAAGAGUGGUACUCAGUAAUGUGUUGUAUCUUCUCUUAACAUAACACUUUGUAUUCAGGACACAAAGUGAAUUGCUUUGCUACAUUUUCUGUUGCAGUUUUACUUUAGUGCCUUAUUGCAAACAGGAUGUGUGUUUUGGAAUAUUUUUAUUCUGUACAGGCUUCCUUCUUUUCACUCUGUCAUUAGGUUAGUAUUGUGGAGUAACUACAAUGUUGUUGAUCCAUCCUCAGUUCUCUACUAUCACAGCCAUUAAACUCUGUAACUGUUUUGCUAUAUACAGGGGGUACUGGUACAGAGUCAAUGUGGAGGCUAUCUUUAUACAGUGGGUACUGGUACAGAGUCAAUGUGGAGGCUAUAUACAGGGGGUACCGGUACAGAGUCAAUGUGGAGGCUAUAUACAGGGUAUUACGGUACAGAGUCAAGGUGGAGGCUAUAUAUAGGGUAUUACGGUACAGAGUCAAUGUGGAGGCUAUAUACAGGGUAUUACGGUACAGAGUCAAUGUGGAGGCUAUAUACAGGGUAUUACGGUACAGAGUCAAUGUGGAGGUUAUAUACAGGGGGUACCGGUACAGAGUCAAUGUGGAGGCUAUAUACAGGGUAUUACGGUACAGAGUCAAGGUGGAGGCUAUAUAUAGGGUAUUACGGUACAGAGUCAAUGUGGAGGCUAUAUACAGGGUAUUACGGUACAGAGUCAAUGUGGAGGCUAUAUACAGGGUAUUACGGUACAGAGUCAAUGUGGAGACUAUAUACAGGGGGUACCGGUACAGAGUCAAUGUGGAGACUAUAUACAGGGGGUACCGGUACAGAGUCAAUGUGGAGGCUAUAUACAGGGUAUUACGGUACAGAGUCAAUGUGGAGGCUAUAUACAGGGGGUACCGGUACAGAGUCAAUGUGGAGGCUGUAUACAGGGGGUACCGGUACAGAGUCAAUGUGGAGGCUAUAUACAGGGGGUACCGGUACAGAGUCAAUGUGGAGGCUAUAUACAGGGGGUACCGGUACAGAGUCAAUGUGGAGGCUAUAUACAGGGGGUACCGGUACAGAGUCAAUGUGGAGGCUGUAUACAGGGGGUACCGGUACAGAGUCAAUGUGGAGGCUAUAUACAGGGGGUACCGGUACAGAGUCAAUGUGGAGGCUAUAUACAGGGGGUACCGGUACAGAGUCAAUGUGGAGGCUAUAUACAGGGGGUACCAUGGUUUUAUAGGAAGAAGGGAUACAGGGUCUGUAGUUUUAUAGAGAGAAGGGAUACAGGGUCUGUAGUUUUAUAGAGAGAAGGGAUACAGGGUCUGUAGUUUUAUAGAGAGAAGGGAUACAGGGUCUGUAGUUUUAUAGAGAGAAGGGAAUUCAGGGUGUGUAGUUUUAUAGAGAGAAGGGAUACAGGGUCUAGUUUUAUAGAGAGAAGAGAUACAGGGUCUGUAGUUUUAUAGGAAGAAUGGAUACAGGUCUGUAGUUUUAUAGAGAGAAGGGAUACAGGGUCUGUAGUUUUAUAGAGUGAAGGGAUACAGGGUCUAGUUUUAUAGAGAGAAGAGAUACAGGGUCUGUAGUUUUAUAGGAAGAAUGGAUACAGGUCUGUAGUUUUAUAGAGAGAAGGGAUACAGGGUCUGUAGUUUUAUAGAGAGAAGGGAUACAGGGUCUGUAGUUUUAUAGAGAGAAUGGAUACAGGUAUGUCGUUUUAUAGAGAGAAGGGAUACAGGGUCUGUAGUUUUAUAGAGUGAAGGGAUACUGGGUCUGUAGUUUUAUAGAGAGAAGGGAUACAGGGUCUGUAGUUUUAUAGGGAGAAGGGAUACAGGGUCUGUAGUUUUAUAGAGUGAAGGGAUACUGGGUCUGUAGUUUUAUAGAGAGAAGGGAUACAGGGUCUGUCGUUUUAUAGGGAGAAGGGAUACAGGUCUGUAGUUUUAUAGAGAGAAGGGAUACAGGGUCUGUAGUUUUAUAGGAAGAAGGGAUAUAGGGUCUGUAGUUUUAUAGAGAGAAGGGAUACAGGUCUGUAGUUUUAUAGGGAGAAGGGAUACAGGGUCUGUAGUUUUAUAGGAAGAAGGAAUAUAGGGUCUGUAGUUUUAUAGAGAGAAGGGAUACAGGUCUGUAGUUUUAUAGAGAGAAGGGAUACAGGGUCUGUAGUUUUAUAGAGAGAAGGGAUACUGGGUCUGUAGUUUUAUAGGGAGAAGGGAUACAGGGUCUGUAGUUUUAUAGGAAGAAGGGAUACAGGGUCUGUAGUUUUAUAGGGAGAAGGGAUACAGGGUCUGUAGUUUUAUAGAGAGAAGGGAUACAGGGUCUGUAGUUUUAUAGAGAGAAGGGAUACAGGUCUGUAGUUUUAUAGGAAGAAGGGAUACAGGGUCUGUAGUUUUAUAGAGUGAAGGGAUAUAGGGUCUGUAGUUUUAUAGAGUGAAGGGAUAUAGGGUCUGUAGUUUUAUAGGAAGAAGGGAUACAGGGUCUGUAGUUUUAUAGGGAGAAGGGAUAUAGGGUCUGUAGUUUUAUAGAGAGAAGGGAUACAGGGUCUGUAGUUUUAUAGAGAGAAGGGAUACAGGGUCUGUAGUUUUAUAGAGAGAAGGGAUACAGGGUCUGUAGUUUUAUAGGGAGAAGGGAUACAGGGUCUGUAGUUUUAUAGGGAGAAGGGAUACAGGGUCUGUAGUUUUAUAGAGAGAAGGGAUACAGGGUCUGUAGUUUUAUAGAGAGAAGGGAUACAGGGUCUGUAGUUUUAUAGAGAGAAGGGAUACAGGGUCUGUAGUUUUAUAGAGAGAAGGGAUACAGGGUCUGUAGUUUUAUAGGGAGAAGGGAUAUAGGGGCUGUAGUUUUAUAGAGUGAAGGGAUAUAGGGUCUGUAGUUUUAUAGAGAUAAGGGAUACAGGUCUGUAGUUUUAUAGGAAGAAGGGAUACAGGUCUGUAGUUUUAUAGAGAGAAGGGAUACAGGGGCUGUAGUUUUAUAGAGUGAAGGGAUAUAGGGUCUGUAGUUUUAUAGGAAGAAGGGAUACAGGUCUGUAGUUUUAUAGGAAGAAGGGAUACAGGGUCUGUAGUUUUAUAGGGA